CUCUCCAUCCCAACGAGUCUCAAAACCCCAACUACUAUAUUUCAGAGUACGUACGGUGCAGUGACCAUAAAAUAAAAGAGAAUAGCAUUCCACGAUAUAACAGUAAUGUCAUCAUCAUUUAACGCAACAACAAGAAAUGGCGAAGCAGCAAAGAGUUAUACGUCAUCUCAGCAAAAUCAAAAGCAAGAACAAACAUCGCGCGGAGCAGAAUUGAUACCGAAAGCAGCUCUUACGAAAUAUCCACCUGCACCGAGAGACGAAUCCGAGGCCGAAGCCUCCUUCCGCCGGCAGGCCAUCGACAAGGCCCACGAAAGCUCCGCAAUUUCGUGGCUUCAACACAUUGAAAAUCACGAUGCCGAUGCUCGCUACUCCAGGAAGCUUCACAGAAGGACUUCCUCAAAGGAUUACAGUGCCUCAUUUCACAGUAUAUGUGCCGGUACCACGCUUCAGAAACGACGUUCCUGUAACUCCGUCAUAUCGACGACACCAAAAAGAAUAACGAAAAGAGAAGGAAACAGACCAAGUGCCAGCUUCGUUGUUUCUACCUCAGAUAAUCGAGGCAGCAACGAUGUUGAAAUGGUGUCCGAUGUUGCUGCUUUUGAUGGCUUACCAUCGAAACGAGGCAGUGGCAAAACGGAUCGAAUGCCGAAACACAAACGAGAAUGGAAUCAAGGAGCUUCUUGGGAAAAAUACUGUACACGACAUAUUCAGUUGCUGGUAUCACUGGCAUUCUUUAGUUACCUCGGAGAAUUCUCUCGGUAUUCCAUUGACAUUUUAUUUGGGGGCGGGUGCCACAGUCCGGGAACUAUUGGCUGGUAUCGGGUGGGAUGGCAUAUUUGUACCACCGAUCCCGGCACCACAGAAUCGACUGGUGGGGCCUUUUUCGUGGACCUACCGACCAAUGUAAUUGGGUGCUUUCUGAUGGGCCUUUUGGUCAGCGGGGAUGGGGAAUCCAUCGCUGUCAACCUACCUGUGGCUGCGCUGGGCCGGACCUGCUUUUUUCAGAACUGGGUCGUUACCCACGUAGGACUGCGGACGGGAUUCUGUGGCUCUCUGACGACCUUUGCAUCCUGGAACACCCAAAUGGUCAAAAUGGUAGUGGGGAAUAAAGGUACCGCUCUGGGCUAUUCGCAAUGGGUGUCAGCCCUCUGGGGAUACAUCGUCGGACUAUAUGCAGCCCUGCAAUCCUACCAAUUCGGUGCCGCGAUAGCCUUUGCUCUGAGCCGUUGCUUCAACCCACAUCUGGCCAGAGAAGCCGACAAAAUAAUUGACAAGAAAGCCAUUGGUGUCCUGAUCAAUCGAGAUCUUCCGGACUUUGAGCGACGGUUUCUGCACUCGAUUUUCUUGGAGGAAAGCGAACGCCAUCACCACAACGAUACAAAUACCUGCGACGAACCACGCGAGAACCUUGCAAAAUAUGGCAGCAGCGGCUACGAAUCUUUUUACGGCGACCACGCCCACCACCUAAGGACAUGGAAAGAGACAACGGACUACUAUCGCAAAGGUGCUGGAAUGCAAGAGGAAAGCUUUGUUGCGGAGCUUCAGGAAAUCGAGAAGAUGCUGCUGGUGGAUCGAAUUGAGCCGCGACAGGAAUUGCUCAACGUUGCGAGGGAUGCCGGAUGGGAUGUAGGCGCCUUGCGGAACUGGGCCGAGGCGCUGGACGAGGAAGAAGCCAAGCUAGCGAUGCGGAAUACUGGUCUUGAAGGCAACAACGACGGGGACGACGGCAAUUUUGACAUUGAAACAAAACUCGAGGAUGCCUACUUUCUGGCAUCGCAUUCGUCUCCAAUCGAAUUUGCCUUGACUCUUUCUUUGUUUUUGCUCACGACCGGGCUGCUCUUGUUGGGGUUUGUGUAUUACAGUAAUCCUACAGAGAGCGAUUCAGUUUCAUGGAGAAGCUACCGAACUCAGUGCUUAGCGGCGCUGCUGUCUCCCUUUGGGACUUACUCCCGUUGGUACCUGAGCCGCCUCAAUGGCCGCAUUCGACACGAACGAUGGGAGUGGCUUCCGAUCGGGACCUUUUUGGCCAACGCAAUGGCAUCCGUGGUGUCAGCGUUGAUGGCGGCGUUUCUCGUCGGUUUGAACCCGGAGGCCAAUCCAUUGGCCGUGGUAGUGUGCAAGGCCAUUCAAGGCGGUUUUGCUGGUAGUCUUAGCACUGUCUCAACAUUUGCAACGGAAACGGUGGGAUUGCUGCAGGCUCUUCCGAGGGCAUUUUGGGGAUACUACUAUAGUUUUGGAUCCAUGCUAUGCGCGUUUGUCCUUGGUGUGGCCAGUUAUGCAUGGUUCGUGGUAUAGGAUAGACGUUUUUUUUCAGUUUGCAUCAAAUCUUGUAGCUAAUAACGUAACUAGUAAAUUGCAAUUUUCGAUAACGAACGGGCCAAGGUCAAUCGAUAACAUUAUCGUCAAAUUGCACAAUUGUUCUUGUACAAGUAUUAUGGCGAAUGAGUUUUUUUCUGCGGCUACCAAUAUAUUGUGCUCGAUUGUUCCGCCGUCCACGGUGCUCGUCGUUCGUUUUACUUGUAUUGGAAUUGAAUUCAAUUAGAUACUCAUAUGUAUUUAGUCCUUUGUUCUCGGCGCCCUGUGCCUUGUUUUGAAAAAAACUUGAGUCGGAUAUUUCCUAGCUUUACAGUUUCCGUGGCGUUCUGAAGAUUGUCUCCGAUGUUGGAAAACCGUCGGUCUAUGUUCUGGUGGCGAGUGGUGUGUCCCAGUGUCUUGGAUACGGUCAGAAGCUCUUGGACUUCGGCACCGAGUUCCUCGAUCGCCACCUCGAUGCAGCGAUCGGUGCUCCUUAUUUGGUCCAGGGCGUGCAGAUCGCUUUCCGUCAAUGGGAUUGCAGCCGUGUCGCUGUGGUUUUGAUCCUUCAUAAUCAUGUCCUUGGAAAUGAGUUUGUUCCUGUUGUGUGUGCUGCUGUCACGAAGAAAAGAUUCUUGGGGGAGAGCAGGUAUCAGCUUCCUAAAAUUUUCCUUUUCUGCAGCGACACAGGGACGAGGUUUUCGUCUCUUACAUGUUCUUCGUGAUUCUUUAUUCCGAUUCUUCCUAGUCUUAUCGAUGGAUCUGGUAGCUUUUCCUUCGGAGGUUUCAUAUUUUCUGAGUUCCUUGCGACCUUUUCGACGAUUCCCAAACUGAAAACUCAGGAGUGCGAAUUUGUUUAAAAGUCGUUCGAGGGCAUUCAUGGUUUCGUUCAGUUUGACAGAAUCCGCUUCGACUUGUUUAACACGCUUUGAUUGUGCCCCCAAUUUUUCCAGAGUCUGUACACCGAUCUGCUUGGUCUCUGUGACUUUUCGACGUGUUUGUGCUAGCGCCUCAAGGGUUUUG